AUCAAGUAUAGAAAAAUGGCAUCCGAGUUUUCUAGUUAAGCUAAAUCGACGUCAAGAGCCGUGUGUCAUGGGACGUAGUCGUACACCAUCCCCAUUAAGGAGAAGAGAUCGAUCGCGAGAUCGCGACCGUGAAAGAGAACGCGAUAGAGAUCGCAGAAGAAGACGGUCUCGUGAGAGACGAAGAAGAAAUUCCGUUCGAAAUUUACAAUAAUUGGAAAGAGAGCGUGAACGAGAUCGAGAAAGGCAUAGACGUUCGUAUAGUAGAUCCAGAUCCAGAGAUAGACCCAAACCUAAGCAAAAGCCUACUGCAACAGAACGUCCCAUUGUGACAGAGGCUGAUCUUCAAGGAAAAACACCCGAAGAACAGGAAAUGAUGAGAAUAAUGGGUUUUUGUGGUUUUGAUAGUACCAAGGGUAAAAAGGUCGAUGGAAAUGAUGUAGGCGCUGUCCAUGUCAUCUUAAAAAGAAAAUAUAGGCAAUACAUGAAUCGAAAAGGAGGAUUCAAUAGACCAUUGGACUUUGUGGCAUAAAGCAUUUGUUUUGUGCAUGCAAAUUUAUCAGAAAAUUAGCGAAAACAAACCAACAUGUGGAUACUUAAGGAACCCUGUUUCGUGAGAUUAAUAAUAAUUGUAAUAGUAAAUGCACUAAAAAUGAUGAAAAGAUCGUGUCAGAGGUAUUUCAAGGACAAAAAAUCUUUGAAAAAUCAUAUGAAUUCAUUUAUAUUACAUAUAC